GUUCUUCUUUGCUUCAAGUUCAUUUUUGCAAGUCAAGUCUUUUCAUAUUGAAUACUACAAAACCAUUUCUUGCACAGAAAAUAAUUUUUAUUCCUGCCAAUGGAUAAUUCACUGAAAAAUAUUGAAAAAGAUGAUAGCUCAGAUAAAGUUACCAUAAAGGUUAAGGUUGCAGAUGAGGGAUAUCAUGAUAUAGUAAUAGAUUGGUCGGAUGAAAGAUUUCCAUACAAAGAUCAGCAAGUUAUUAACCAGCUUUCGACGAUAAUCGGAAUUCCAGUCGAAUUAAUCAGGAUGACUAUCUUAGAUUAUGCGCCUCUUAAUUAUUUUGAUUUACGAAAUAUUGAACAUAAAUCAUUCGAUCCCCGGUUUUAUGAGGAUGAUGCACCUGAUGAGGAUGAGCCUGAUUUCAUGCCGUGUAACUUCACCAGAGAGAACUGUUUGGGAAGGUUGAAUGAUGGUGAUCGCUUUGUUUUGAGGUCUUAUUUAAAUUGGAAGCUGGAUGGCUGUUUCGAUAUAACCAUAGAUUUGUAUAGCCUUGAUAGUGAGUUUUACAAUGAAAACAAUUGUACUGACAACUAUUGUCAUUAUUCAAAUACGAGAACUUUUAUCGAUAGAAAAGUAUCAGUUGCUAGAAACACUGAGUUACACAAUAUAUUACGAGCAAGGUAUGCAGAAUUACCUGCUAUUGUAGACGUUGCUUCGUACGAGGAAAAUUAUUCGCAAAGAAGGAGAAUCUGGAGAGAGUUGGACGCCAAGGCGUUCUUUUGGGUACAGCGGUGUUCGAGACACCAUUAUCGACAUAAUUCUCCCUAUUCACGGACUCGAGGUUAACUUUUAUUGAUAUUUUAUCUUCAUGUGUAAAUGGACGAUUAUUCUUGGCUCCAGGAAAUGAAACAUGGAAACAAGUAAAAUAUAAAUUUAUAACAUGAAACACAUCGCAUAAUUUUAUCAAUUAAAUAUUGGUUUGACUAAUUUGUUCCAUUC